AUGUCUUACAUUUCUCCCAAAAAUCGUGCCGUUCUGAUCACUGGAUGUGAUUCUGGUUUUGGGCAUAACGUGUGCUAUCAAUUGGAUUCGUAUGGCUUUCAUGUCUUUGCGGGCGUUUUGUCCACUGAUAGUGAAAGUGCCGAAAAACUUCGCACAAAAUGUUCAAAUCGUUUGAAAGUCAUUAAACUGGACGUCACUCUCGACGAGGACGUGAAGCUCGCGGUCAAAGAGAUUGAGUUAUCGGGUCUGGACUUGUGGGCAGUGCUCAACAACGCCGGUAUCGCUCAGUACGCGUUGGUAGAGAUGGGACCCGGAAUUGACAUCUUUGAGAAGACUUUUGCCGUCAAUGUGUUUGGUUUGGUUCGCGUCACUAAACACUGUCUGCCGCUCUUACGACGCUCUGGUGGACGGGUUGUCAAUAUGGCCAGUGUUGCCGGUCGUUUUACAUUUUGGGGAAUAACAGCGUAUUGUAUGUCGAAAUACGCGGUCAGAGCCUUCUCUGAUGGACUCCGCAAAGAGUUGAUGAGUUUUGGAGUAAAAGUGGUGACAAUUGAGCCAAAUAUGUACAAAACAGAAAUCGUUAACUUAGAUCUACUCAAUAAGACUAUUGAAAGUGUUUGGCUUCAAACGUCUGCCCAAAUACGGGAAGACUACGGCGGCCACACGUUUUACGAGCAAUUGAAACGGAGAUUGAGAUAUAAUGUGGAGAUAUCCAGACCUGAAGUGCACGAAGUGCUUGACGUUCAGGAGAAGGCCAUCACUCUUUGCGAACCCGACCUCUACUAUAGAUGUGCUGCCAUUUCAGAGAAGCCCUCGCUUUGGUUCUUAAGCCUUUUGCCAGAAUCGGCUCAAGACUUCUUCCUCACCGGAAAGAUCUUUUUAUUAAUCAUUCGAGUACUCAAAAUGAAUGUCACGGACUGCGAAGAAGUGGCAAAUGUUUUCAAUCAAAUCAAAUGCUCUGGACUUGAACUGUGGGCAGUUGUCAACAACGCCGGCAUCGCUAUCAACGCUCCCAUUGAAUGGGGACACGAUAUCCGCGAAUUGAGCCAUACUUUUGACGUCAAUGUUUUCGGUGCCGUAAGAGUUGCUAAACAAUCGCUGCCACUGUUGAGAAUAUCGAAGGGAAGAAUCAUCAAUGUCUCGAGUCUCGCCGGGCGACUGACACUCAAUGGUCUGUCGUAUUACUCGAUGUCCAAACACGCCAUCAGAUCUUUUUCCGACGGACUUCGCAAUGAAGUGGAAUAUUUCAAUAUUAAUGUGAUUACAAUAGAGCCGGUGCUCUAUCGCACACAUAUCAUCAAUUGGUCACUCAUGAAGAAUACUUUAGACAAAGUGUGGGACCAGAGCUCUGAAGAGGUUAAGAGUGUUUACAGCGAUAAGUAUCGGAGGGGUUAUGAAAGACGAUCCAAAAGUUUAGUAGAAGUGUCGAGAAAACAGAUUAAAGAAGUGACUGAUUAUAACUAA